GCACUCUAUAACCCUGUCUGAUGUGAUCAUUAACCUUUCUGGAAAAGGCAGCUGGCAAUUCUCUGAGGUUGUCUUUAGGAUGUGAGGAGAGCCACACAGAUACUGCACAGACUACAGAUUGUUUGGUUUACUUUGAGAGCUGUUGGUCCACUUUUGUGUGGCAGAAAAAUGAGAUUUCACCCAUUCCUUUUUGUAUUUUUUAUUUUUAUGAUGAGUCUUCUCCUUAUCAAUGGAAAGAGACCAGCUAAUUUUGCCAUGAAAAGAAAAUUGCACAGACACAACUGCCCUCAGAGGAGAUGUAUGCCUCUUCAUUCAUGAGUGCCCUUCCCCUGAGAUCUCUCUAUCUAACUUUGUCCAGUCUAUCAGAAAAAGAAGUGAAGGAAAGAUACCCAACUACGCAAAAGAACUUCAUUAUGGCAAUAGCGUGAUUGCUUAGAAGUUCCUGUACAAAAAGGAAUUGUUUGAAAGCACCUGAGAUGAUUUAUUAGUUUCAAAGGAUUUUCUGCUUCCUGGCUUCUCUUAAGAGGAAAAAUAACACAAAUUCAAAAUGAUUCCAGUAUGAAGCAUAAUUAUUGCCUGCACGACAAAAAUAUUUCAUCUUUCUCUGUACAUUAUUUUUCUUUCAUAGGUUAAAAAGAAAAAUGCCUUUCAAUGUCUUAGAACUCUCUAACUGUAAAAAGUGCAAGAAUUUAAAAUUUUUCUUUCAUACUUCUAUAAUUCUCCAAAAGUAUUAACUUUGUAUAAAUUUGAGAGAUUUUUUUUUUUAAAAGGCAA